AUUCCACUCGCGAGUCGAGUCGAGUCGAGACGACCCGUGACGACAACCCCGCUCGUGGACGCGUCCAUCUCCCUCCUCCCUUCCGGAGCACGCGUGCGCCUCCCUCCGUCCCCUCCCCGCCGGCGAUGUCGGUGCCCCCGGCCGGCAACCGCCAGGUGUCCCUGAGGGGGUCGAGCGCGAGGGAGAUCACCCGCGACGCGCUGCUGCAGAAGGUCUCCGAGGAGCGUCAGCUCCGCAGCCACCUCCGCCGCGCCGCCGCUGCCGCCCUCUCCAUCCAGCGAGUAUGGAGAAAAUACUAUGUGAUAAGAAUGGUUUCAGAACAGCUCCAUGAAGACUGGGAACUAUUAAUAAACCAGCCUAACAUCAGCCUGACAAAUCAAUGGAUAUCUAGCAAGAUGCUUAGGCCAUUUCUUUUCUUCAUUACUCAACCUUCAAGCUGGUACAAGGGACAGCAGAGCAAGACUGUGAAGUCUGUCUUUACUUGCUUCAAAAUCAUCUUGAAUAGCAUAAACUCAAAGGAUGCAAGCAAAAACUUCUGUUCCUUUGCUGUGGGUAUGCCAGAAGAGAGGUCCAUUUGGCUUUAUCAGGCAAAAAAGCUGAUUUCACUAUGCUCUUCCAUUCUUGCCAGGUGUGACUACUCCUGCUGCAAGGACGGAGACAUGGUUGACAUUACUGUUAUUGCUAUGCGACUGGCUGUGUCUUUAACUGAUUGCAAAACAUGGAAAAGUUUAAAAAGUGAUAAUGCUAGAGCUGCUGAUGCCUGUGUGGAGAGUUUGAUUGAAUUUAUUGGUGCAAGCCAGAGUGCUACAUUUAAUUGUGUUAGGAAAUAUAUAAAAUGUCUUGGUCCUCAUGCUACCUCAGGGAAGAAAACUUCUGCAGCUGCAACAGAUGACCAAUUUCUGAUUACUGCAAGUGCAGUCACUGUAGCCUUGCGCCCUUUCCACUCUAAGAUAGCAGAGAGAAGUGCUGAUCUAAAUGGUUGUUCGAAGGAAUACUUCACACUGAUACUUACAAUUCCGUAUCUAUGCAAACGCAUGCCACCUCUUCUGUUGCCUGCUCUUAAGCACAUUUCUGUACUGCAACCAUGUCUCAGUAUUGUACUGAUCUACAAAGAUACAAUAUUUGAAAAAAUAAUAAAAUUGGAGCAGUCAGAGGUUUCAACUGUUGGCACCAGUAUUAUUCCUUGCUCCGGUUGGGCACUUGGAAACAUUGUAAAUUUGGCUACCGUGCAUGAUGAGUUAUCCAAUUCAGGGUGCUUCAUUCAAGGGCUAGAUUUUUGCCUAUAUGUUGAUGCUAUUAAUUGUAUUUCCCAAAACUUACUGAAAAUUUUUGAGGAAAGCACGGGAAUGUCUCAGUGUGUUGGUGAUACCGCUUUCCAUGCUGAUACAUCUCUCCCAGAGGAAGGUGAUACCAAUGACAACUGUAGCAUGAUAACAUUAUUUAUGGAUCUUCUGAAGCCAAUUUACCAGCAAUGGCACUUGAGAAAGCUUUUGAUGUUGGCAAAGGAGGAUGUUUCAUGUGGUAGGGGAACUAAUGACGAUCCAACCCUGAAGCAGAUCCAUUUUCGGAGCCUAAAAUUGUCGGAUGUCAUUUGCUUUUACUAUCACAUGCUCAGAAUUUUCUCGGUAUUUAACCCGUCGUUUGGUGCAUUGCCUAUUCUCAACAUGCUUGCAUUCACACCUGGAUUUCUUGUUGAUUUAUGGGGGGCACUAGAAAUAACUAUUUUUGGCCGAGCCCAGAAAUUACAAGAAACAGGAUAUGAUAAACAAUUGGCUACAAGUAGUUCAGGCGAGCAAAUAUCCUCCAUGAGGCAAAGAAAGAAUGUCAAGGACACAGCAAACAAGUGGGCAAAUGUGCUCCAGAAGAUUACAGGAAAAUCCAGUGAUUCAGAGGAUGGCAAUCACACUGAUAGUAUUUUAAAUUCUCAGCAAUGUAAUGAUGAUGCAUUAACUUUAUGGGAUAUUGAAACCAUGCGACGAGCAUCAGAAGGUAUUGGAAAGGAUUUAAUGUGUAUGUUGCAUCUGUUCUGUGCCAUUUAUGGGCACCUAUUACUUGUGCUAGAUGAUAUUGAGUUUUAUGAGAAGCAGGUUCCUUUUACUUUAGAGCAGCAGCGGAAGAUCGCAUCAGCGCUUAAUACAUUUGUAUACAAUUCUUUCGUUCAGAAUGGUGGAAGCUACAACAAGCCUCUUAUUGAUGUAGCUGUGAGAUGUCUUAAUCUACUCUAUGAAAGGGACAGCAGGCAUAAGUUUUGUCCUAUUUCUCUGUGGUUGGCACCUGCUAGAAAUGGUCGAAUUCCAAUUGCUGCUGCUGCCAGGGCCCAUGAGGCAGCAUUUGGUAAUUUUCCAGUAAAUCAUUCUUCAGGAAUUCCUACCCGGAACUCUGUACUUACCACAUUACCACAUGUAUAUCCAUUUGAAGAGAGAGUGCAGAUUUUUAGAGAAUUUAUUGAGUCAGACAAAGCAUCAAGAAAAGUUACUGGCGAAGUAUCUGGGCCAGGUCCAGGAUCUAUUGAGAUAGUUAUUCGUCGAGGCCAUAUAAUUGAAGAUGGAUAUAGGCAGUUGAAUUGUCUAAGGUCAAAGUUGAAAUCUUGCAUUCACGUGUCAUUUGUAAGUGAAUGCGGCCUUCCUGAAGCUGGUUUGGACUAUGGUGGCCUGUCAAAGGAGUUCCUAACUGAUCUGUCUAAAGCUGCUUUUAGUCCAGAGUAUGGGCUGUUUUCACAGACAUCAGUGUCUGAUAGCAGCUUGAUUCCCAGCAAUUCUGCUAAGCUUUUGGAUAACAGCAUUGAUAUGCUUGAAUUUCUUGGCCGAGUUGUCGGCAAAGCACUCUAUGAGGGGAUUCUGUUGGACUAUUCUUUCUCACAAGUAUUUGUGCAGAAACUUCUGGGGCGCUAUAGUUUUUUGGAUGAAUUAUCAACACUUGAUCCAGAGCUUUAUAGAAAUCUUAUGCAACUGAAGCACUAUGAUGGGGAUGUUGAGGAUCUAUGUUUGGAUUUUACUGCAAUUGAAGAGUUGGGUGGUAAAAGAAUUGUCCAUGAGCUGAGACCUGGUGGUAAAAAUAUAUCCGUUACGAAUGAAAAUAAGUUGCACUAUGUUCAUGCAAUAGCAGAUUUCAAGCUUAACCGCCAGAUACGUCCAUUUGCAAAUGCAUUUUAUAGAGGUCUGAGCGAUCUUAUUUCACCAUCUUGGCUGAGCCUGUUUAAUGCAAAUGAAUUUAAUCAGUUACUUUCAGGUGGAUUGCAGGAUUUUGAUGUGGAUGAUCUGCGGAACAAUACCAAGUAUACUGGUGGUUAUACUGAGUCAAGUCGAACUGUUAAGCUCUUCUGGGAGGUCAUCAAAGGAUUUAAGCCAAUGGAGCGUUGUUUGCUACUAAAGUUUGUGACAAGCUGUUCGCGAGCUCCAUUACUUGGAUUCAAGUACCUGCAGCCUUCUUUCACAAUACAUAAGGUUCCAUGUGAUGUAACACUUUGGGCUUCGAUUGGAGGCCAAGAUGUAGAUCGCCUUCCAUCUGCUUCCACGUGCUACAAUACGCUCAAGCUUCCGACAUACAAGCGGUCAAAUACGCUACGGAGCAAGCUUCUCUACGCCAUCAACUCAAAUACUGGGUUUGAACUCUCUUAGAGGUGUAUGCAGUUCUUUUGUUUUUUACCAUGUUAUGGUUUGCUGUAAAUAGAGGUAUAGCAGAAUUUGAUGAUAUGUGUGAAGUGACGCAAAUGUACCUUAUUCGGAAUAACAACUUAUUGGGAGGAAACGCAUGUUUCUUUUGGUA